AUCCUGAGGCUUGGGCUCCUCCGAAGACGGGGGCGCGGGGCCCCUCCUGCAGUCCUGGGGACGACGAGUCUCCUGGCAAUGGGGGCAAGAUACAAGAAAAGGGAGGGACGGAAAUUCGAGGCCCUCCCUGGCCUUGGCAGCCCCCGGAGGCGCUGCGGCUCCGUCCAGCCGCACGGAUUUGAGCGCGGCCCCGACGUCCCGGCCUCCGAACGGCCUGUGGAGUCUCCGGCCGGCGCGCACUUCCAGCCGCGACCCCGCCCCGCAGCCCCGGGUCAGGUCCGCCGAGUAGGAAGCGCUCGGCUCUUCUUUUGUGUCAGGAGCACCCACGACGCCCCGGCCUUGCGCACAGGGGCAGAGGCGAGGGUCGUCGCUCCGUCCGCGACCCCGUCCCACAGCACUGAGCGCAGAGGGGCCGGGAGGGGCGGAAAGGGCAGCGGGCUCCUUACCGAUACCGGCGAGGGGAGGUCAGCUCGUUGCGGGGCGUGGCUCCCGUCCGGGGACCCCCGAGCUCAUCACGGGUGGCCGUGUGUAGCCAAAUUCAAGCUCUCCCUCCGGGAAUGCCUGCUGCAGCGACGGAGCGCUGCUGCUUCAGGACUUUCAGCCAAGCGGGGAGGCGGGGACCUGCGGGCGGAGGAGCGACGCCCCAGCUGGGAACGCGGCAGGAGGGGGUGUGCCCUGGGCGCGCCAGGCCGCGGAGGCUCCGGGGAAAGUUCUCUUGGCUGCGCGAGGGGUGGCGCCCCGGGCGGAAGCAGCCCAGGUGCAUCUGGGCCCGGCCCAGGCGUCUGGAAAAGGCCUCGGAACGAAGGGCUCCUCCCGCCCCCGGCCCAAGGAUGGCCGCGCUGGGGAGUCCCGCUCUGGGCGGGGUAUCAACUGGGGGGGCGGACGGAGAGGCGGAGGUGGUCCCAGCCGCGAGGUGCCGGCGGGUCCGCGCUCCCAAGCCGCGCGCUGCGCCGGAGCCGCUGGGCGGUCCGGUGCUCGCUGCGUCCGUUUCCCCGGGAGACCUGAAAGCUGGCUGGGGAGAGGAGGACGCGGUGCUGCUCGGACCCCACCGCUCGGCGUUCCCAGUCCCACGCCCUCCGCGCGGUCGGCCGGAUCCAGGACUGAGGGGCACAAUAGCUCUGAAGCUGCAGUGACCCCUGGUGGGUCCUGAUGUCCGUACACAGACAGCCGAGGGUGAGCUGCGGAAGAGGCUGAGCCCCUCUGGGCUUCGGAGCAGGUGCAAUCACUGCUCUCCAGCUGGGAACCAGCAGCGAGUUAAUGCGAGUCACAGUUGGGGGAGACACGAGGGGAGAUCUCCCAGAAAAAAAACUCUAUAUUGAGUUUUAGAGUUAGAGCUUUGGCAUCAGACGUAGUUUUGAGUUGACUGUUCUAUUACUUGCUAGCUGGGUAGCCAAAGCUCAAAAACUUUGCUCAAAACCUCGGACGUUAGCGCUUAAAACAAAACUAGGCUUCUGUAGCACAGUAGAAAUGAAAUGAACAAUUGGCGACUUUGACGGAGUUUCCUCUCAUAGUGAUUUGCCACAAAGGACCUUCUGUUAGAAGCCUCGGCCUUCCCUGUUAUUGUGAUCCCACCCAAACAGUGGAUCAGCACAACCACUGAAGUGCAAUAUAAAGUUCUGAACUUUGCCUAGGCUAUGAAUAAAACUCUAUUUUAUCUUCUGA